AUAAAUUUGAAAUAUUUAAAAUAUACAAAAGUUUUAAAAAUUAAAAUUAUGAAUGAGAAAAUACUUAAGAAUCAUAAAUGUGAUUAAAAUUAAUUAUAAGGACCAAAAUACAAAUAAAAAGAUGCAACUUCAAAUUUAAAGUUUAAGUAGUAAAACUUUAGCUUUUUAAAACUCCAAAUUUGAAGUUUUGAAGUUCUUUUGUUAAAGCAAAAAACUUUUUAUUUGAAAUUAUAGAAUUUCUUUCGAAGAUGCUCUUAUCGUAACCUAGGGUCAUCCCUCUUUUUAGGUAUGGAAAUUAAUAGAUAGCUGAUUAUGAUAAUUACUAUGGACAUCAAUAAUGUUAAAUUCUUUGAAGAUGAAAGAAAGAACAAAAGAUUCUUUAAAGAACGGCUGGAUCUAACGUACCAUCAUAGUGCGGGGGGGCUCUCUCCACAGAAAGUAAUCAGGUGGCCUAUGGAUCAAGCUUGACAUCAACCGUUAGAUUCUAAAACCUAAUAGAGUGGAAGAUCAAUCGUCCAUAUAUGUUGACAAAUGGCGCUCUCUCCGUUGGGGUUGACAUCAGAAGUCUCCUUAUUUAUGACGCCAUAAAAGAAGACUUUUGGUGUGUGCUGCCAGGUUGUUUCCUUUCUCGUGCCUCGAACUUUCUUUUUUUUCCUUUUUAAAAAUUGCAUUAAUAUAGAAAUACUAUAAAAGCCAAGAGACAAACCAACCAUUUAUAUCUCAUCCUUUAGAUCAUAUCAAAACAUUUCUCUCAACAGUUUAGAUUAAAAAAACCUAGAUUUGAUCGAAGCGCCAUCUUUCUCGCUUUAUCAACUCACCAUACCAAUUCCAUGGCGGGGAAGAGGCUAUUUCAAGAUUUGGAGUCAGAUCGAGAAAACAAAUCCGAGAAACGAUUCAAAUCUCUACCACUAUUUGCCUCUUUCAGUGUGUUUGGAGCAUUGAAUACAGAAACCACGUUGACGAGCUUAUCGUUAGCCCUAGAGCCUCUUGUUAGAAAAGUUGUAAGACAAGAAGUAAGUAAAAAAAUUCGAUCAUUUUCUCGGUCGUCGUCGUUUCGAGUUGAAGCUCCGGAGAACAUUGCUCCGACAUUAAAGCUAAUGUUCGCUAAGAAUAUACAGACGCAACAAAUAUUCACGGGAAGUAAAAUCACUGACGUGGACAACGCACCACUCCAGGUCAUCCUCGUCGACGGUUCAAACAAUGAUCAUCAGAUCGUUCCUGUGAAUCUCGACCGUCCGAUCAGACUAGACAUCGUUGCUCUUCACGGAGAUUUUCCUUCGGGUGAUAAAUGGAGUAGCGAUGAGUUUGAGCGUAAUAUCGUCAAAGAAAGGGAUGGUAAACGGCCGUUAAUUGCCGGAGAAUUAACUGUGACGGUGAGGAACGGAGUAGGAACGGUCAGAGAUAUUGUGUUUACCGAUAACUCGAGAUGGGUUCGUAGCCGUAAGUUUAGAAUUGGCGUGAGAGUUGCCAAAGGGAGUAGCGGUCUAGGCGUUGCGGUUUGUGAAGCCAUGACUGAAGCAUUCAUUGUUAAAGAUCACCGUGGAGAACUGUACAAGAAACAUCACCCACCAAUGUUAGAAGACGAAGUCUGGCGGCUAGAGAAGAUACGCAAAGAUGGGCCCUUACACAAGAAGCUCUCGUCUGAAAACAUCAACAAUGUUCAAGAUUUUUUGAAGUUAUCAGUCGUUGACCUUAGCAGACUCCGUCAGAUUAGCCAAAUGUCUGAUAAAAUUUGGGAUGUCACAUUGAAACAUGCUAGAGAGUGCAUUUUGGGAAACACGUUAUACAUUCACAGAGGAUCUGACUUUUUCUUGACCUUGAAUCCGAUUUGCGAAGUUAUGGAAGCAAAGAUCAACGGUCAGUUUUUUUCCGGUCGUGAAGCGCAGAAUCAGCUCUAUAUUAAGAAGUUAGUUCAAGAUGCUAACUCACAAUGGGAUUUGUUAGAAGUGAUUGACAGAAAGACGAACGAGAUUCCCCUUUUGACACAAGGUAAUACUAUUGACCAGCAAUAUGGUGCAAACCACUACCACACCAACAUGGAAAUCAAUAGGUCGUAUCAACAAAACGGAUAUGCUCCAGAGAUAUCUACCAACACUUUGGAGAUGAUAAACGAAGGCUAUACUACGACGAGUCCAAUGGAACUCGGUGUAUAUUUCAAUACUACCGAAUCAUCGUCCCAAGGUCAUCUUAACCCUUUCAGUUAAUCCUCAUCUAGGACGCCUCUUGUGCUGUCACACGAUGAUUAGACUAUUUCCAAAAGAGAGAUUAGUCUACUACUUGGUAGAAUCAUGGAUUAUAUACAUACUUAUAGAUCAUUAUUGUACAUAGGUGUGUGAAAUUUAGAGAAAAGAGUAGUAAUAUUUAGCUGAAUGGUGUAUUACUUGUUUUACGUUUUCUAAAUGAAAACGUGUUGUUGUUUUUUACCAUUCACAAGAUUAAUCAAAAUUUUACUCUU